AUGGGAUUCCAUACCCUCCUAUUAGCGCUUGCUUCGCUGAGUGCAUAUGCACUGUACAAAUUUUGGGACUCAUCUCGCCGUAAUAGAAUACCUACAGGCCUCAAGCCACUGCCGGGUCCAAAGGGCUAUCCAAUCAUCGGCUCUGUACCUGACGUCCCAGACAAAAAUGGAUACAUCAAGUUUUCCGACUGGGGCAAGCAGUAUGGUCCAAUCUACCAAUGCAAUCUAGCCGGGCACAACCACGUCUGGGUAUCGACGGAUCAGAUUGCAAAAGACUUGUUGUCCAAAAAGGCAGCCAUCUACUCUGACAGGCCACACAUCCCAUCUUUGAUAGACGACAACCGUUCGAGUGCGCAAUAUCUUCCGUUGCUUAGCAGAAAUGACGGCCAUACACGCCAAAGAAAGUUUGCGAACAUCAUUAUGCGCGAGUCGGAAAAGGCAUCCUUCCACCGAUACCCCGAGCUCGAAUCGAAGCGUAUGAUGGCCGAGCUGCUGGAUGAACCCGAUCAAUACAACCACAUUAUGGAAUCUUACAUCUCUCGUGUCACCUGUCGACUUGCUUGGGGCCACAGCGAAGGCAGUGACGAGCUGAAACAACGCGCACGUGAGCUUCUUAUCGGCGUCUCUCCCACAGGAUCUCUGAGCAACAAACUUCCCUUCUUGAUGGCACUACCUGAUUGGCUCUCACCGCCCAAGGCAUGGGAAAGACGACGUGCACUCACCGAGCGCACAUGGUUCCAGACCAUGCAGGCACAGGUUGUCGAGGAUCUUAAGUCAGGACAAGCAGCACCAUCUUGGAUGAAGACAUUCCUAGAUACUCGCAGCAAGUGGGGCUUCAAAUCUGAUACAGAGGGUGCGUAUGCUGUCGGCAUGCACGGAAUCGCAGGAGCUCUCACUAUUGCUGCUCCUAUGCAGACGUUCUGUUUGGCAAUGGUCCAUUACCCACAAUAUCUGCCUAUGCUACACGAGGAACUUGACCGCGUCUGUGGUGACCGACCACCCCGCUCCGAAGACCGACCCAACCUUCCUUUUCUUCGGGCUGUCAUCCGCGAAUGCCUGCGCUGGCGCCCACCUGUCCCUACCGGUAUCCCCCACUACCUGACUCAGGAUGACGAGUAUAAUGGUUACCAUAUUCCCAAAGGCAGUACUAUACAUCCUCUAGAAUGGGCCAUUUCCCGCGAACCUGACCUAUAUCCAGACCCUGAGGUCUUCAACCCUCUUCGAUGGGUGAAGCCGGAGUAUCCGACCUACCAGGAACCUUUGACACAGUACCCUACUAUCAUUAACUCAACACAAUUUGGCUACGGGAGACGAACAUGCACUGGCCAGACAGUGGCUGACGAGGACAUGCUCAUCGGCAUCGGCUCGGUUGCAUGGUUGUUUGACAUCAAGAAAUGCUCAGAAGACUCCGCUGUUCCAGCCUCUGCGGGUGAGACCAAGAAAGAGCAAGUGUAUGGCUUGAACGAGAAGGCCUCCAUAUCAAACGAAGAACUAAACGCUGGAAUCAACAACAAAGAGGCUACCAUGGAGGAGAAAAUCCUUGCCAAAUUCACAUAUCCUGGAUCUGAAUCUGCCAGUGAUGCGGCACCAAAGAAGUCCAAAUCUAUCAACCCCACUUACAAACCCAUGGAAUGGGGUGACAUUACGAAGAAGCCAGAAGAUCCUACACUCGACUUCUCCAUCUUGCUGAUUGCAAAGCCAAUCCCUUUCAAAUUCGACCUCAAGCCCCGCAACGUUGAGCGAGUGAAGAAAGCCCGCGAUAUGUUUAGAGAAGGAGUUGAGAACGGUGACUUCCCUGACAGUAAGCAGUACUGGGGAGCAGACCAGGGACGUGGCCAGCCUCUAUUUGCCAUGACCGCAUCGGACCGAGGACCGGCAGCGCGACGACAUAAUCUCACCACGCCCGACGCGAACGACACACCUCAAUGCGCCUACGAUAGUCCAACCAGCUCUUCGCGAGCGGUAAAUCGCCCAAUCAUGUUUGGUCUCCAGUUCACAGCCACGCGAACCCAAAUCGCAUCCUAUCUCUUCGGCGUCGCGCUCUUCAGCAUCAGCUUCCUCGUCUUCCUGAACAGUUCCAUAUCCUUUGUUAUUACCCAGCGCAUUGGCCAGUCGCAUAAUGUUGGCGAUGCGGUCGGUACGCUGGGCUUUGCAGACGAGCUGGUUGCGCUGGUGGCAUGUCCAGCGUGGGGCUUGCUGAGCGACAGAGUGGGCGUGAGGAGCGUUGCGGUACUCGGGUAUAGCAUUGUUGGUGUUGCGCUCUGGGUGCUUGUGCAGGCCAAGAAUGUGUAUCCCGAGUUGCUGCUUGCGAGAAUUCUGUUUAGUCUGGGUGGGACUGCGACCGCGACUAUGGUUACUGCGAUCUUGCCUACUAUGACUAUCGUCAGAGAUGUUAAACCCGAUCCGCGGUCACCAAACCUAGACCGUGGUAGAACGCAUGCGACGGUUGCCUCGAUAUCGUCUGAACUUACUAUUACGCCUGCGCGCUUCCGGUCAAGCUCUCCAGAGGACUAUACGCAGUCGCAGCCAGCGAAUAGAGAUACCAGCGCAUCUACAUCGCAAAUCGCUGGCUUGGUCGGCACAUUCACAGGAUGUGGCGCAUUGGUUGCGCUCCUCGUGUUUCUUCCAUUACCAACGAAGUUCCAAAAUGCCGGCGAGGGACCCGCCCAAGCAGUCGCAGAUUCUUUCUAUGUCGUUGGCGCAAUCGCACUGCUCGUAGCCCUGGGCUGCUUCUUCGGCCUGCGCGAACUUCCCGGUGAAGAAGGAAAAGGCUGGAAACGCCUCACCCACAUGGGCGACUACAAAGAUGUCGACUCCCACCUCACACGCGACGUCGUACUAUCAUACCCCCGUCUCUUCUUCGAAAGCGUCCGUCUCGGCUUCACCUCCCCCAACAUCGGACUCGGCUACGUAGGAGGCUUCGUUGCGCGCGCCUCCUCUGUCGCUAUCUCCCUCUUCAUCCCCCUCUUCACAAACCACUACUUCCUCGCAACCGGCCGCUGCAAAGUCGACUCCAACAUCCCUUCUGACAUCAAAGUCGCAUGCCCAGAAGCCUACAAACUCGCCGCCAUGCUAACAGGAAUAAGCCAACUCAUCGCCCUCCUCUCCGCCCCCAUCUUCGGCUUCCUCUGCGGCCGCUUCCCACGCUACAACAUCCCACUCAUAGUCUCAGCCGUGGCGGGUAUAGCAGGCUACUCCGCCUUCGGCUCACUUACAAGCCCAGACUACAAGAGCAGCGACGGCACCGGCGCCAUCUUCUUCAUCGUAGCCUUGCUCGGCAUCAGCCAAAUCGGCGCAAUAGUCUGUUCGCUUGCUCUCCUUGGCCGCGGCAUCAACAAUGAUGAGGCCCCUUCUUCUUCGUCACACCUGCGCUCGCCGUCUCGAACUGCUAGUAUGCAUGGAACUACGAAUCACCCUUCUGCCGGCGCUACCCCGCCGCAUAGCCGACCAAUCACUCCUGUAGACGAAACUGCCUCUUUGCUCCCUGAGCAUUCUCGCAGGGCCUCGGUGGCAGGCAUCGCACCGCAAUCUUCCUCACAUAACCACAUCAAAGGAUCCAUUGCAGGAACAUAUAGUCUCCUUGGUGGCUUUGGCAUUUUACUCCUUACGAAAGCCGGGGGUGCGUUGUUCGAUAGUACGGGCCCUGGAUCCCCAUUUUAUAUGAUGGCGGCGUUUAACGCCAUUUUGCUUGUUGUUACCAUAGCGGUUACCGUCGUGCAGGGUGUGAGGAAGUGGAAGGAGGCGCGCAAGUCGGAUCAGAGGUUGGGCUUGGGGAUUGGGGGGUUAUAG